AGACAAAGCCAAACCCCAAAUAAACCCAGCAUUGACAACACACUUGCAGAGAAGCCGCAAAAUGGGGAAGAAGGAGGAGCAGCUAGCAGAGCUACUGGGAACCCUAGGAGACUUUACAAGCAAAGAGAAUUGGGACAAGUUCUUCACCAUCCGAGGCACCGACGACGCCUUCGAGUGGUACGCCGAGUGGUCUGAGCUCAGAAACCCUUUGCUCUCCCACCUCCCUCCGCAACCCCAAAUUCUCGUUCCCGGCUGCGGCAGCUCCCGCCUCUCCGAGCACCUAUACGACGCUGGUUUCAAUUCCAUCACCAACAUUGACUUCUCCAAGGUCGCCAUUUCCGACUGCCUCCGCCGCAAUGUUCGCCAUAGGCCCGAUAUGCGCUGGCGCGUCAUGGACAUGACCGCCAUGCAGUUUGAGGACGAGGCAUUUGAUGUUGUUGUUGAUAAAGGUGGAUUGGAUGCUUUGAUGGAGCCAGAGCUUGGCCCUAAGCUUGGGACUCAGUAUUUAUCAGAGGUGAGAAGAGUUUUGAAGUCUGGGGGAAAAUUUAUUUGCCUUACAUUGGCUGAGUCACAUGUUCUGGCUUUGAUUUUCUCUAAGUUUCGGUUUGGGUGGAAAAUGGGUAUUCAUGCCAUACCUCAGAAACCGUCUAGUAAGCCAAGCCUUCAAGCAUUUAUGGUGGUUGCUGAGAAACAGGUUUCCAGUGUGUUGCAGGAGAUCACAUCAUCUUUCAAUGAUUCUUCCCUUGCUUUAAAGGGAACUCAGGCUUGUGGACUUCUUGAAGCUGUUGAAAAGGAGAAUCAAAUUCGUAGAGAUUACUCCACUGGUUCAGAUGUAUUAUACUCUCUUGAAGAAUUGCAACUUGGAGCUAGAGGGGAUUUGACUAAGCUUUGCCCAGGUCAUUGUUUUCAGCUUACUUUGGGUGGUGAUUCCCGUUUCAGUUACAGAGCUGUAGUUCUUGAUGCGCAGGAAUCAUCUGGUCCAUUUGCAUAUCAUUGUGGGGUUUUUAUUGUGCCUAAGACUCGGGCUCAUGAAUGGCUCUUCUCCUCAGAAGAAGGACAAUGGAUGGUAGUAGAAAGUUCGAAGGCAGCUCGUCUAGUAAUGGUUUUAUUAGAUGCCAGCCAUGUUAGUGCCAGCAUGGAUGAUAUUCAGAAGGAUUUAUCCCCCUUGGUUAAACAAUUGGCACCUGGGAAAGAUGACAGUGGUUCUCAGAUUCCGUUCAUGAUGGCAAGUGAUGGGAUCAAGCAAAGAAACAUUGUUCACCAGGUCACAUCUACAAUAACUGGACCAGUUAUAGUUGAGGAUGUGAUUUAUGAAAAUGUUGAUGGUGAUAUCAGUCGCAUUCUACCAUCCAGAGAUUUGACAUUUCGUCGCCUUGUUUUCCAAAGAAGUGAGGGUCUGGUUCAGUCUGAAGCUCUUCUAUCUGAGGAAGGAUCCAAAAAUAAAGUUGGUGAGACUGAGAGGAAAAAGACAAACUCAUCUUCUAAAUCUAAAAGAAGAGGAAUCCAGAGAAGAAGUGGUGAAACGAGCCACCAGCUGAAGGUCUAUCAUGGGUAUUUGGCUAGUUCUUAUCAUACAGGGAUUCUUUCUGGGUUAAUGUUGAUUUCAUCUUAUUUGGAAAGCAUGGCGUCAACUCAAAAAUCGGUCAAAGCAGUUGUAAUUGGUCUUGGAGCAGGUUUACUCCCUAUGUUCCUUCAUAGAUGUAUGCCCUUUAUGCACACUGAGGUGGUGGAGUUGGAUCCUGUAGUCCUCAAACUUGCAAAAGAAUACUUCAGUUUUGUUGAAGAUGAUCACUUGCAGGUGCACAUUGCUGAUGGUAUUCAGUUUGUUAGAAAUGUUGCAAAUUCUGCUGAAGCUGAUGAAAUUUCUGCAGUUCAAGAGAAGGAAGGUGCUCACUGUAAUACAGAGCCCCCUUCUUCCAAUGGGAGCUGCUUAGAAUCACAUGUUGAAAGCAAGGUGUCUUCGAAGGUUGACAUAGUUAUUAUUGAUGUGGAUUCUGCAGACUCGAGCUCUGGGAUGACCUGUCCUGCAGCAGAUUUUGUGCAGGAGACGUUUCUUGAGACUGUAAGGGAUGCACUUUCUGAGAAAGGUCUAUUUAUCAUUAAUUUGGUGUCACGAUCACAAGCCAUUAAAGACAGUGUUAUUUCAAGGAUGAAAGUGGUGUUUAGCCAUCUUUUCUGCCUACAGCUUGAAGAAGACGUCAAUGAAGUUAUUUUUGGUCUUUGUUCAGCUUCUUGUAUCAAGGAGGAUAGUUUCCCUGAAGCCGCUCUUCAACUUGAGAAACUGUUAAAAUUGGAACACCCAGAGAUAAGCCAAAGCAUUCUAAAUACGACAAAGAAGUUGAGACAAUUGAAGUGACUCCGGUUGAUUGAAGUAGGGUCCAUUUGAAAUCCUUUUUGAGAGGUAAUGCCCUAUUUAUCUGUGAGAGCAGCCCUUCUCAGAUACAAUCAUACAUGUGAUGGGCACAUGCAACACAACUGCUUUUCAGAAAGGUGCUCAAGUGCAUAUUUGCUAGAAUGUCCUCUGGAUCUGUGGAUAGUUUCUCUUCUUCAGCUAUUAGAAUGCUUGUUCGGGUUACUCUGCAAUCAAGAUCUUACUGAGAAGUGCGUGUAUGCCUGUAUGAAAGUUGCAAACCUAUAUAGAAAAUCUGGUUAUAAAGACACAACUGGUUCAAUGUAAUCGGCCCUAUACUUAUCUCGAACUACUCGAUUUGUAACAUGUAGGAUUAGUUUUAAUGAGUCCUAAAGAUUGCAGUUGAUAGAUAUGA